UCGCUGCCAAUUCGGGAUUCCUUGUCAAUAUAAUCUAUUUGAACUACUGCUUCAUUCGAUACGCCCAUCAGGAGUUAAAAUCAUCUUAUUCUAUCAGUAUUGAUGCAUUUGAGAUCUUGAUGAUCAAUAAUACUACUGCUCGCUUAAAAAAGAGGCUUGCAGAAAACACACCACAUUUGCAAAAAAGCAAGAAAAAGAGAACGAUAUUGGCAAGGAUCCAAUAAACGAAUAUCAAGAUGGCGGAUUCAAUACGAUCUCGCCCACAUACACGUUCGCGAUCUCGCGUCCUUUCCACUGGAUCAGUUGCAGUUGAUGAUGAUGAUGAUUCUUCACACUCACGCUCUGCCAGUGGACAUCCUCCUGGAGCCUUUGAAAGCUCCAUUGAAGAACACCCCGCAACACCCUCUCGAUUCGAAGCUGGUUUGAAUACAGCUCCUGACACGGUCAGGCCGGCCCCCCGAUCUACUCAACAGCUUGAUGCUGGUUCUCUUGAUGAGAAUAAUGGACACCCAGGUGUCUACCAUUCGGGCGAGGCAAUAUCAGACCAACAGAUGGAGCAUCUCAAGAUGAUGCUUGAGAUGGACAAGGGGAAGCAAAGAGUCUUAGAACUCGAACUACAACUGGAAAAACUCCAUCAACAGAGAUCCUCUACAGAUCGACCUCAGGAUGUCAACAAUCAUCCUGCCACCACAUCAACAGCCACAUGGAAUCCUAAUCUCGGUGAAAGGUUGGAAUUCAACCUUUAUGAACCGGAUAGCUGUGUUGGCAAGGCAAUCUCCCAAUUCAAGGAAGAUGUCAAGAAUACUACCCAGAACCCUCUACAAAGAGAUGAUGAAUGGGCACCAUUCUGGGACACCAGAAACCGGUGGCUCUACACAUUCAUCUCAAACUCCUUGGGUGCAGGUGUCAGACCACAUUUCUCCAAGUAUGAUGAAAAUCAGAUCGCUUAUACUCUAUGGAAUGCAAUUGAACAGGAAUACUCUGUCCCCAAAACACAGUUACACCGUGAGGCAGUUCUGGAAUUCAUGUCUCUUGAUGGCACACAGGUCACCAAUCUACACACAUUCUUUGAUAAGUUCCGGUCCACCAUCACAAAAUUGGAGAUGUUGAAUGCUUCCCCCCCAGAGGCGUGGAUAUUUGAUACCUUCUACUCAGUUCUACCCAACAAUUGGAGGAAUUACGUUCAGAAGAAGAUAGAGGAGAUACAGGAUUCCAAAUCCACAGCUGUGAUAUUGGAUGUUGAUCUUCUCAUGGAGGAAAUCUGUUCACAGCUUGAUCCUCCAAAAGAUAAAAAGAACCUGCAGAAUAUAGAUUCUGCGGCCAACUCAGCUACAACAGCUACAACAGCUACAACAGCUACAACAGCUACAACAGCCACACCGACUACCAGCAACAAUACAUCGAAUGCGGCCCGUGGAGGCCGUACUGGACGUGGUCAUGGUAGUACACAAGGGGGCUCCCGAAACCAUCGGGGAUCGGGAAAUCCACCUACAUGUCCUGAAUGCGAGAGAUCUCACUUUGGCAACUGUUGGUUGGCCAAUCCAGACAGUGCUCCAGAUAAUUGGAGGAUCUACAACGCUGCGAGGAUAAAGGAAUUCAAAGAAAAGAAGGAAAAGAACAAUAGUGAGGGUGGAACCCAACUAUCCAUUACAGAUGGAUCAGACACCUAUCAGAUGACAAACCUCGCAGAGGUUAUCAAUGUGCCAGCCUGUUUCAUGGAACCCCACAAGGAUCCCUCCAACGGGCGUUUAUACAUAUCAAAAGACGUCAUCUUCCAGGAGGACCUCCGUCUUGCCGAUCCAUCGAUACCGACUACUCCACACAACCCGAAGGUCCUACCCAACGCGGCCCGUAAAGCGGCUGCGGCGAUUCCUUCGGCGACACCAGGCCUACCCACUGCGGCCCGUCAAGAGACUGCAGCAAUUCCUGAUCCAUCAAUUGAUAAUCUAUUCAUUGAUGAGGAAAUUCGACCUGAGUGUCCAUUAUUUCUCAUACCCACUAAUAAUUGGUGGAUUGACUAUGAUAUCUCCGCGAGAAUACCUACCCUUUUAGUGCAGAAUACACUGAACUCCCCGGAACCCACAGUUGAAUCUGAUGAUCCUCCGACAUCUACAAGGGAUAUCACUAUAGUGAGGGAAUCAACAGUGGGGGAAUCUUCAGUGGGGGACAGUCUUGAAGACCUACCCACCGAUCCCGAGAUCGCUGCACUUCCGAUCCCGAAAAACCUCACGCGCGCCAAAGCUUCCAUGGAAUGGAAGUAUUAUUACAAGGCCCGUGUUAAAGAGGUCAACCGUUUGAAAUAUACACAUUGGAAAGAGAAUAUAAAGAAGAUAGAGGGAUAG